AAAUAUGUAGCACUGCCGUGGCCUUGAAGACUUCUUAAUAAAUAAUAAUAUAAUAUUACGAUGCAAAUAAUUGAAAUGGAUUGGUAAAACAUAAUUAACUGAAAACUGGCCAUACUGCGGCCAACGUUUCACAAUCGAAAUUUCAGAGAUAAAAAGCUGAGUAACCUACAAGUUAGGUUAUAUCAUGAAAAACGUAUACCAGAUGGCAGGCCGGUAGUCGGUUCGUCGUGAGAGGGGUUUUUUUUCACAUUUUUCGGUGGUCCAGACGUAUCAUCACAGCCCUCAGGACGCAAUCAACAACACACGACCACUGGCUAAUCGACUGUUGCUUCUACCUUUAUUGUUCUACGAUAUUAUUAACGAUUGUAUUUGAAAAAAGUUUUCCUUCUAUUUGGUGCCAACAUCGAUUUCAAGAUCAUGGAGAUUCAUAUUAAUGUAUCAAACAUGUGCCGAAUUUGUCUGAUUGAAGAAAACCUGAUAGAUAUUCUGCUACUUGGAGAGCCGACCUCAUCGUGGAUGACCGAUAUCCAUCGGUACUUUGGUGUCCAAUUAACAUUUCAUGAAGAGAAGUCUACAAAAUUAUGCAUAAGUUGCUACCGCAAAAUUGAAACCUGGCGCAAAGAUGUGCUUAAUGCCACAAAAAACCAAAAUGUUAUUGAAUUUCUAGAUGCUACGAUUAAAAAACAAGGUCAGGAAAGAAGAAAUAGACAAAAUCAAUAAUUCAAAAAUAAAUUUAAGAUGAU